AUGGGGACUCCUGCGUGGGCCUCCCCCCACCUCUGCCGCCUCCUUCUCCCUGGGGGGGUGGCCCUCUUCCUCCUCCUCCUCUACCUCUCUGGCUCACACCUCCCAGAACUCCCUCACUCAGCCUGCAUUUGGGGGGGGCGGCCCUGCCGCUGGCUGGGGGACCCAGCAGCCCCUGGAGAAGAAGCCAGAAAGCAGGUGAGCCUCCCCCAGCCUGCGCAGACCCCGAAGCCGUCCCCCUUGCUGAGGGGUCGCCCCCCCCUGUGCGAGCAGCAGGAGCAGCCCUUCCGCCUUCAGUGCCUGCAGAGCGCCUUUGCGGCCAGCCUCACCCCCGGCGGGGACCUCCUCCUCCGGGAAUACCUCAGCGGCUGGAAGGAGCUGGCCAAGUUCAUCGACUCCCUGGGGACGGCCUUUGGGCUGAUCUCGCGGGAGACCUGGAGCAAGAUCUCCAUCAUGCAGGAGUACCACUCCGGCCAGCAGGGCCUCCACUACCGCAGCCUCCAGUCCAUGGUGACCUUCGAACUGGCCGGGGGCCUGGUGGACUUCCACUCCUUGCCGGCUGGCCGCCCCCCCUCCGGCUGCCGGACCCUGCUGCGCCUCCACCGGGCCCUGAGGUGGCUGGAGCUUUUCCUGGGCAAGCUGGAGAGCAGCGAGGGCGGGCCCCCUUCCCAGCUGUGCGCCGCUGCCUAUCAGGAGGCCCUGGCCCCCUAUCACAGCUGGUGGGUGCGGCAGGCGGCUGCCCUGGCCUUCAUGGCCAUGCCCUCCCGCCGGGAGCUCUACAGCGUCCUUUGCGUGGAGAAGGGCCAGCACGCCUGCGCCUCACUCCGGGCCACGGUGCAGGCCCUCAGCCACGUCUACAACCGCACCCAGGAGGUGUACUCUGCCCACCAGAUGCUGUGGCUCCCCUGA